UACGCGUACCGGGCGAGGAGGUAGCCGGUAGGUGCACCUCCUAUAAGAAGCGGGACGAACGACAUAUCGCAGAGACUCGUCGUUCUUCUUCGAUCUUCUGGUUCUCCACUCCAAUCGCACUUCCACUCAGACAGGGAGAGAUAGGGAGAUGGGGUGGCUGACGCGGUUCCUUGCGGUGGUGUCUUUCUUGGCCGUCGGAGUCAUAUUCUCGCCGGAGAUUUUCGGGUCGAGCUCCGAGGGCCCGAAGUCUCCGACGGCAGCGACGAUCUUGAAGCUGGCCCAUCUCCUCGGCUUCGCCACCGCCUGGGGCGCCGCACUCUGGGUCACCUUCAUCGGCGGCAUCAUCAUGUUCAAAAAUCUUCCGAGACACCAGUUUGGUAAUUUGCAAAGCAAGAUGUUUCCUGCAUAUUUCACGAUGGUUGCAGUGUGCUGUGCCAUUUCAGUGGCUUCAUUUGGAUAUCUACACCCAUUCAAGUCAUCAUCCACAACAGAGAAGUACCAGCUAGGGUUUCUGCUCUCUGCCGUUGCUUUCAACCUCACGAAUUUGUUUGUCUUCACCCCCAUGACCAUUGAGAUGAUGAAACAAAGACACAAAGUGGAGAAAGAAGAGAACAUUGGGAAUGAGGUUGGAUGGACCAAGAACAAAGAAGUUGCCAAGGCCAAUCCAAAAUUAGCUGCCAUGAACAAGAAGUUUGGGAUGAUUCACGGCUUGUCAUCUCUUGCAAAUAUAAUGGCCUUUGGUAGCCUUGCCAUGCACUCAUGGUAUUUGGCUAGUAAGAUAAAUUUGUGAAGCAAAGUAUAUCCCUCUCAGCAAAUUGUCGGUUCUGGUCAUAUUACUGUAAAAGCAAGUAGUCAUUGCUGCUUUCUCUUGGGAAGGAUAUUUUAAUGGUUUCCUGAAUGUACUAUUGAGUUAUGCGCACAGGGACAUAUUGUCGCUUGAAUAAAGCUCACAUACUGCCUCAGCUGUGGCUGGGUUCUCCCUUUGCGAAUAGAAAGUUGACUUCUGUGUUUGUUGUCAUGCA